UCCCGCCCGGUCGCGGGCGCGCGCUCAGCGUCCCCAUCGCGCGGUCACCUGUGCGUCCAGCGCCCCGUGCUGUCGCCCUCCCUAGUGGCCAGCACCCCUCCAGCCGGCGGCGCGGUACCCAGGCAUCAACCUCGCCGGGACACCCAGGGACCGAGGUGGGACCCACUUCCACGCCGCGAAUCCCUUCUGCCGGAGGGCAGCGCGGUGAGACGCGGGAGGUUUUGGGGACCCGAGCCACCAAGCUGGGCGCGCACCUGCGGGGGACCUCCGGCAACUUCUCCAGGCCUCUGCCGCUUUGGAAACUGCCUGCGAUAUCCAACCCUCAGGUCCUGGGGCCCCAAGGAAGGGGUGGGUUGGUUUGAAUGACACAAGGCAAAAAAAAUGUGUUGUAGGACGGGCUAAGCCCCAAGUUUCCCACCCUCUCCCCCUUCCCGGGAGUAAAUUAAAAACAAAACAAAUAGAAAAGCCAGCCAGCCAGCCAGCCAACCAAAACCCCAAGCCGAACCCCAGCGGAAGCACUUAUUAAAAGGGAAUUGCAGCGGUGAGAAAAAAAAGAGAUCCGCAGAGGAAUCGUGUGAAGCAGGUCCAGGUCUCUGAAAUAAGAUGAUUUUUCAGAAAUUCUAUGUGGUCUUGUUACAUUGGGAAUUUCUCUAUGUGAUAACUGCACUUAACCUGGCAUCUCCACUUUCUCCCUGGAGGUUUAAGUUGUUUUGCAUACCACCAAAUAUAACUGACGGUGCCUUUCUCUCGCCUGCUGGAAUCUCAAAGAACUCCUCAGAUUCGAGUGGGGAGUAUGAUGCCGUCGUCAAAGCUACGUUUAAUUCAAGUGGCACCUACACUUCUGAGUUAUCUAAAACAGUUUUCCACUGUUGCUUUGGGAAUGAGCAAGGCGAAAACUGCUCUGUACCCGCAGACAACACUGGAGGGAAAACAUUUGCUUCAACAGUAAAGUCUUUAGUUUUUCAGCAAAGAGGCAUAAACUGGAACAUACAGUGCUGGAUGAAAGGGGACUUGACACUGUUCAUCUGCUAUAUGGAACCAUUAUUUAGGAAUCCCUUCAAGAAUUACCACUUUAAGAUCCAUCUUCUAUAUGAUCUGCCUGAUGUGAUAGAUGAUUUGCCUCUGGCUCCCCAGAAAGACAGUUUUCAGAUUGUUCAGUGCAACUGCAGUGUUCAGGAAUGUGAAUGCCAUGUGCCAGUGCCAACAGCCAAACUCAACCACACUCUGCUUAUGUAUCUACAAAUCACAUCUGCUGGCAUGAUAUUUCAGUCACCUCUGAUGUCAGUGCAGCCCAUGCUUGUUGUGAAACCUGAUCCACCAUUAGGUUUACAUAUGGAAAUCACAGAUGAUGGUAAUUUAAAAAUUUCUUGGUACAGCCCAACACUGUUACCCUUUCCACUUCAAUAUCAAGUGAAAUAUUCAGAGAAUUCUACAACAAUUAUGAGAGAAGCUGAUGAAAUCGUCUCAGCUACAUCCCUGCUAGUGGACAGUGUGCUUCCUGGGACUUCGUAUGAGGUUCGGGCCAGGGGCAAGAGACUGGACGGCCCAGGAGUCUGGAGUGACUGGAGUUCCCCUCGUGUCUUUACCACACAAGAUAUAGUCAACACAAGUGUCUGGUGUGGAUUGAGCAGCCUAUACUGUUCUGAUAGUCCAUCUAUUCAUCCUGUAUCUGAGCCCAAAGACUGUGACUUGCAGCAGGAUGGCUUUUAUGAAUGCGUUUUCCAGCCAAUCUUCCUGUUAUCUGGCUACACAAUGUGGAUUAGGAUCAACCAUUCAUUGGGUUCACUUGACUCUCCACCAACGUGUGUCCUUCCUGACUCUGUAGUAAAACCUCUACCUCCAUCUAGCGUGAAAGCAGAGAUUACUGUAAACAUUGGAUUACUAAAAGUAUCUUGGGAAAAGCCAGUCUUUCCAGAGAAUAACCUUCACUUCCAGAUCCGAUAUGGCUUCAAUGGAAAAGAGAUGCAAUGGAAGAUGCAUGAAGUAUAUGAUGCAAAAUCAAAGUCUGCCAAUCUUCCGGUGCCAGACCUAUGUGCAGUCUAUGCAGCUCAGGUGCGCUGUAAGCGGUUGGAUGGACUGGGGUAUUGGAGUAAUUGGAGCAGUCCAGCCUACACGGUUGUCAUGGAUGUAAAAGCUCCUUUAAGAGGACCUGAAUUUUGGAGAGUAAUUAAUGGUGAUAUUACUCAAAAAGAGAGAAACGUCACCUUACUUUGGAAGCCCCUGAUGAAAAAUGACUCGUUGUGCAGUGUGAGGAGGUAUGUGGUAAAACAUCUCACUUCCCACAACGGAACGUGGUCAGAAGAUGUAGGGAAUAACACCAAUCUCACUUUCCUAUGGACAGAGCAAGCACAUACUGUUACAGUUCUGGCCAUCAAUUCCAUUGGUGCUUCCUUAGCAAACCUGAAUCUUACAUUCUCAUGGCCGGUGAGCAAAGUAGGUGCCGUGCAGUCACUCAGUGCUUACCUCCUAAGCAGCAGCUGUGUGAUUCUUUCCUGGACGCUGUUACCCAGUGAUUACAAUAUAAUGUACUUGAUUAUUGAAUGGAAGAAUCUUAAUGAAGACGAUGGGAUUAAAUGGCUUAGAAUUCCUUCAAAUGCCAAGAAGUAUUAUAUUCAUGAUAAUUUUAUUCCCAUUGAGAAAUAUCAGUUCAGUCUUUACCCAAUAUUUAUGGAAGGAGUAGGAAAACCAAAGAUAAUUAAUGGUUUCACCCAAGAUGAUAUCGACAAGCCCUGGAAUGAUGCGGGUCUGUAUGUGAUUGUGCCCAUAAUCAUUUCCUCUUGUGUCUUACUGCUCGGAACACUGUUAAUAUCACAUCAAAGGUGUGGUGGUUUUAAUCCCAAUCCAAGCUCUUGGGAGCCUGAAACAUUUGAGCAUCUUUUUACCAAGCAUGCAGAGUCAGUGAUAUUUGGUCCUCUUCUUUUGGAGCCUGAACCCAUUUCAGAAGAUAUCAGUGUCGAUACAUCCUGGAAAAAUAAAGAUGACAUGGUACCAUCAACUAUGGCCUCGCUUCUUCUGACCACUCCAGAUCUAGAAAAGGGUUCUGUUUGUAUUAGUAACCAGUGUAACAGUGGUCACUUCUCUGAGGCUGAGAGCACCCAGGUAACCUGUGAGGAUGAGUGUCGCAGACAGCCCUCAGUUAAAUACGCAACACUAGCCAGCAACUCCAAAUCAAGUGAAACCGAUGAAGAGCAAGGGCUUAUUCGUAGUUCUGUCAGUAAACACUUCCCUAGCAAACACUUUCCACGGAAAGAUUCCUUUUCCGACAGCCCUUGGGAGAUAGAGACCCAGGCGUUUUUUAUAUUACCAGAUCAGCAACCCACCAUGAUUUCACCACACCUCUCCCUCUCAGGAUUGGAUGAGCUUUUGGAACUGGAGGGAAAUUUCCCUGCAGAAGACCAUAGUGAAAAGUCUGUCUAUUACUUAGGGGUUACCUCAAUCAAAAAAAGAGAGAAUGGAGGAUUUUUAACUGAUGAGUCAGGAGUGUUAUGUCCAUUCCCAGCCCACUGUUUAUUCAGUGAUAUCAGAAUCCUCCAGGACAGUUGCUCACACUUUGUAGAAAAUAAUUUCAGUUUAGGAACCCCUGGUAAGAAGACCUUCAUACCUUAUAUGCCCCAAUUUCAAACCUGUUCCAGUCACACUCAUAAGCUAAUGGAGACCAAGAUGUGUGACCUCACUGUGUAA